CACUCCACCCUCACUGCACCUCUCCCGCCGCCGCAUCGCAUGCCCCUGCGCGUCUUCGCCCGCCGCCUGGCCGUGCCGGCGCGCGGCGGCCUCGUCGCCCGGCGAGCGCUGAGCAGCAGCAGCGCCGUGGGUGCGGCAGACGCAGCGGCAGCAGCGGCCCAAGCGGAGGUUGCGGCGCCGCAGGCCUCACAGCCAGAGCCGGCUCGGCGCUCGGGAGGCAUCGCCAUCCCAACGCCAAGCGCAGCAUGGGUGCCGCCGCGCGCCUUCUUCACGCCGCAGCACGCCCUGUCGCCAGUGUGGGCCCCGAGCGGCAGCGGCAGCCGGGCGCCGCCUGCCGACGCCAGCGCCCAGCGCUACGCCGAGGAGGCGCACCCCAUCUUCCGCGAAAUCUACAAGGCCUUUCCGGACCCCGAGCGCGUCUGGGCCGCCUACACGGAUCUCAUGCAGCGGCCGCUGGACGGCAGCAGUGUCGAGGAGAGCACGGCCAGCGCCGAGGCACGCAUGCGCCUGCUGCCGCUGCAUCUCUCCCUCGUGCUGCGGGCCAUUACACCCAACGUCCACUCGCGCCGUGUCGUGGCGCGGCGCGACAAGCGGCGUCGCCGCGACGAGGUCAGCGCCGAGAAGUACGCCGAUGCGAUGUCGAACGCCGACGAGCUGCGUGCGGCCGGCGAGUCGUCCGAGUCGGGCGCGGCCGGCCGAUCGUCUUACCCGCAGCCGGUGCCCAGCGCGCCGCCGCUCGUCGCCUUUCGGCCGGGCGGCCAGUUGACCACGACGCAGCGAUCCAGUUCGAUCCUCGUCGACGACACGAUUCACCAGUAUCUCACGCGAGCCACGACACUUUUUGAGCACAUGCGCCGCCUCUCCGCCGAGCUCACGACGCCGCUGGCGAGCACGAGCAGUGCGCUGCCAGACAUCGAGGCGCACCCCGACAUGGCAGACUACAACCACGUGCUCGACGUCAUUGCGCCGAGCGGCAACAUGAUGGCGCUCACGCGUCUCUGGCGCGAGAUCCAGGAGCAGAGCACAGCGGAGGAGCAGAAGCGGUAUCAGCCGCGGCGCUCGCUCCUCGGCUGGCUCUUUCCCGAUGCAGGGCCCACGCCGGCGCCGCCGCUCUUGGAGCCGAACCGCCGCACGUACCAGGCCAUGAUGUUGGGCCUCUCGCGACACCUGGCCAACUCGCUCGUGCGUUCGCACGCCGCAGCGCUGCGCGCCGGCACGCGCAGCGAGCGCAAGAAGCUGGGCAAGGCCGAGCGGCGGGCGGCGCGUAUCCAAGCGCGCGAAGAAUGGCUGCAGAGCAAGAUCAAGGGUCCGCCGCAAGUCAGGGCGCGCACGGCUGCUGAUAUCGAUGCGCGCCGUGCUGUGGAGCUGCUCGACGACAUGGCAAAGAGAGGCGUGACGCCGGACGUCGUCACGCUCGACUUGGCCGCGCGCAUGCUGCGCCUGGCUGGCCACAUGCCCGCGCUCAAGGCGCUGCUGCGCGUCAGCUACGGCGUGGACCUCGAUGCGCUCGAUGCACAGCCCGAGCGGCCGGCCGAGUCGAAGCUCACCGUGCACACGCUCAACACGAUCCUCAUGGCGCUGGGCGAGCAUGAGAGCGUGCCGAAGAUGAUCGCGGCGUACGAGACGAUUACUCGGCCGCUGCCGCGCGGCGAGCAGCUCGCAGAAGCCGCAGAGGAGGCGCCGCAGGGCAGUCUCUUCGCCAUGAAUUGGCGUGACCUGAGGCCUCGCGACGAGGCCGCGUCCGAGACGCAAGCUUCGCAGGCCGACGACGACGACGCGCCGCUGCCCUACUCGCACCCCGACGCCAUCACGCCGAACCUGACGACGUACAAGACGCUCAUCAAACACGCCUGCACGGCGCCUAAUGCCUCGCAGGUCGCCACGCCGGCGCUGGGCGACUGGGGCCGCAAGAUGGAGGAUCUGGCGCGCCAGGAGGGCCAGUACCUCUGCGUCGCGCAGUACGUGCUCGUUGAGGCUGUCGAGAGCUACGAGGAUGAGGUGCGCCGCAUGGCCGUGCAGCUGGGCGUGGGCGACGUGGAGCUGGGCGAGGAGGCGGCUCACGCGGCAAGGCUUGCCGAGGUCGAGCAGACUCGCGAGGCCAAGGCAGCGAGACGCGCGCAAGCUGCGGCCGCUGCCGAAGCUCAGGCGGCGCAGGACGCACUCGACUCUCCCGACGCACUGCAAGCAGAGACGGCGGAGACAGCUCCUUCCGGCGAGGCUUCGUCGCAGCUGGAGACUGAGCCGUCAUCACUCCACGACGCAUCGCAAGCUCCGUUGGCGCCGUUCGACGAGGCACCGCAAGCUGAGCCAUCACCGUCUGACGAGACACCCACAUCUGCCUCGUCGGAGACUGUCGCCGAGAGCUGGCUCGACGAGGAUGCGGCCGGCGAGGCCUCUGCGCCCGUCGCGCUGCCGUACUUCGACGCGCCGCACCACGCGCCAUCGCCCGAGCUCUUCGAGUCGCUCGCCUCGCUGACGGGCCGCGCGGAGCAGCAGCGCGCGCGCUGGUGGGUCGUGCGGCUACAGAAGCGGGCGCUGCUUGCGCUCUACGCCGAGCACGCCGUCGUGCAGCGGGCGCUGCAGCGGUGGGACGAGCGGCGCUUCCGCGAUGCCGAGCGCACGCGCGUGACGCAGCUGAACAAGGCGCUGAGCAAGGCGCUCAAGCACGUAGAGCGACGCAUCGACGAGCUGCACCGCGACGUCGAUGAGCGCACGGCGCACGCAGAGCAGGCGCGCUUCGUGCGCAACCAGCAGCGCAAGCGCCGCACACAGCGUGCCCAGGAGCUCAAGAGGGAGGAGCAGCGUGCGGCCGCGCUGCUGGCGGCCGAGGCCGCCGAGAAGAAGCGCCUGCGCGAGCUGGCGCGCGAGGCGUCGCCGCUGCCGCCACAGCCCGAGGCCGAGGCGGCGCCCGUGGCCCUGGCGCAAUAGACA